AUGGCGCCGUCUGGCUCGCGCAGUAUCAAACGGAGCUGUCAGACAGUUUUGUAUUGGAUUCCAGUUAUUUUUAUCACCAUCAUAGUGGCUUGGUCCUACUACGCGUAUGUUGUACAGCUCUGCAUAGGUAAGGAUAACUCCGCUGUCGGUACAGUAUGGGUUUGAAUGCUAGGAUGCUGUGGAUGCCUUGCAUUGCCUUUAAAACUGAUGUGUCCAUGUGUUUUUCCCAGCUCCUGUGCUGCGUCUCAUUUUCAGCAUUCACUCAUGUUGGUCCAGCCUGAUUUUGGACGCUGAACAAUUUGUUUAUGCUGGUGCUUGUUGUUGACAGUACCAAUUUCUACCAUCAUUUCAAAGACAGUUAUUCUGGAAACAAAUGUUGGUAUCUGGAAGGCUCCUAUAAAUACUAUAACUGAAAUAGAUUACAUUAGUUGCAAAUACUGUUUGAUUAUAAUGAAAUAAUGAUAGUGGAAAUGUAAUUAUUGGUUGUUUAUAUAUGGACUGACAUCAUUCAAUAAUCUUGCUAAUGUGUUUGAUUAUCUCAAGCAAUGCACCAUAUACUGUAUGUAUGGACCAUUUAUUGCAAAUGUAUAAUCCAAACAACUAUACAAGAAACAAGCACUGAUUAAGAUGAAGGGUCUAUAUCAACUUGUGCCUCUGUAAAACAUCCAAGUUGUGGUCUGCUUUUAAAUGUUUAUGACUAUGAAAAAUCAAGCCCCCUCCAUUUGAGUUCCUCUCCGGAUGAAAAAUCACUUCACAAGGAUGAGUUUGGCAGAUUGAUGGCCUGUACUAUCCUUUGCCUGUAUGUAUGGAUUACAUGGAUGUACUACUACUUCAUACAGCUCUGACAAGAUUCAUUACGUGUUCAUGUGUUGCACAUUCACGACAACACUGUGAUGUGAUCAGCACUUGCUGCUUUACAAUAAGCAAUCUAAGGUAGAGUAGAGGCCUGAGGGCACACACUUAAUGUGUUGUGAAUGUAUUGUAAUGUUUUAAAAAUUGUAUUACUGCCUUAAUUUGCCUUGGCAGCAGCUAACGGGGAUCCAUAAUAAAUACAAAAUACAAUUGGGCCCUAUGAACCCUGCUCAAAAGUAGUUCACUAUAGGGUGCCAUUUUGGACAUUUAGUUCCUCCCUCCCAUUGGCUUUCAAGGCUGGUUUUUAGGCUGGCAAUGUUACACUUUGUUAAAUGAUUGUGUAAAAGAGAGGAAUAUUAGACAGAAUAUUGAAUUUACCUGAAUAGUGAUGCUGAUUCCUUAGGUGAAGAGCUCUGUGUGUGUCAGAGGAAACCAGGGAUUGAAUGUAUUAAUCUGUUAUCAAUGCUUUUAGUUCCUACAAUAUGAUAGUUUGAUAUUUGCAUUGACUGUAAAAUGACAGAAAACGUAUAUGUCUUGUUUUCUCCUAUCUAUAAUGAAACCAGUAAGAUAGGACUAGAACUGUUGUUGCCAGCAAGUGGUGUGAUGAGUUCCCAAAAAAAUUGUAGGAGUGUAUCAUCAACUGAUCCCUCUAGUUCUGUUAAUCCCAUUGUCUGACUCACUUAAUUCACCCCAAGCAAUCUCUGCCUGACCCAGUUUUCCCCUCAUAAAAUCACUUCACACUAUCUUUGAAAAAUGGCAGCAGGGUCUUUUGAAGUUGACAAAAUGUCAAAGCUGUGAUAUUCCAGCGCUGUUAUUGUUGGGAAACUUUAUGAGAAUUCUUGGACACAAAUCAGUUGUUUGAUUUCACCCUUUCAAAUGUAUUACCAAGCACCUGUUGUAGUAUGUGGACAAACAAUAUGUUAUGCCACACCACUAAAGUGCCAAUUCACUGCCCUCUUAGUCGUGUUGACCCAGUGUGUAUGGAAACUGGGUUGACAACACACACAUAAGCAUGCACGCACACACAAUAAUUAUUUGUAUGAUUAUUUUGCUCUGAUCACCUUUCCUCAGCUCUGGCUGUGUAUGUGUGCAGACUGCAGUGUGCUAUAUGCCUGUGAAUAUUAAGCUAAUGUGUGCUCCUGUAAGGGCUGAUUGGAAGGAAGAAGGAUCAAUGUGCUGUUGGGGAACUGGUCUUAUGUGUUUGGUGUUUUUAGUAUUAGUUAUGUGUAGGAUACUUUGUCUCAAUUAGGGAGCUGGUCCUGUCUUUUCUGUGCUGUUGAUGUAGUAUAUAAUGUAUUUGGUGGAUGCUGGUCAUGUGUAUUAGGUGUGUAUUUUAAUGAUGUUUAUUAAGUGUGUGUAGGUGUGUGUAGUAAGGUGCAACUGUGUAAUAUGUGUGUACUGGAGCUUCUCAUAGGUGUCUCUUGGUGAUGUUCAUGUUAUAUUAGUAGGUGUAUGUAGUAGGGUGCUACUCAUGUACACUGAAUAUACCAAACAUUAGGAACACCUUCCUAAUAUUGAGUUGCACCCUCCCCCUUUUGCCCUUAGAAAAGCCUCAAUUCGGCAGGGCAUGGAGAAAGCAUUCCACAGGGAUGCUGGCCAAUGUUGACUCCAAUGCUUCCCACAGUUGUGUCAAGUUGUCUGGAUGCCCUUUGGGUGGUGGACCAUUCUUUAUACACACAGGAAACUGUUGAGUGCGAAAAACAGAGCAGUGCUGCAGUUCUUGACACAAACCGGUGCGCCUGGCACCUACUACCAUACUGCCUAUUCACCCUUUGAAUGGCACACAUACACAAUCCAUGUCUCAAUUGUCUCAAGGCUUAAAAAUCAUUCUUUAACCUGUCUCCUCCCUUUCAUCUACACUGAUUGAAGUGGAUUUAACAAGUGACAUCAAUAAGGGAUCAUAGCUUUCACUUGGAUUCACCUGGUCAGUCUAUUUCAUGGAAAGAGCAGGUGUUCUUAAUGUUUUGUAUACUCAGUAGUUGAGCUGAUUCAGUGUGUUGAGGACUGGGGUGCUGAUCCUAGCAAGUGGCCAGCUUCUUUGUUUGCCCCCUGUCCAGCUGCACGUGGAGCAGCUGCAACAGUCAGCACAGACUGUAACAGACACGAUGCUACUGUUGUUUUCAUUGCUUUCGUGUCAAUGCACAUUAAUGCUUUAUUAUAUCAAAAGGUAAAACAAGGACAGUCAUUUAUGAUUGGAAUGGGUCGUGAUAAGUUGUAGGAUAGGGAUCAUCAACUAGAUUCAUCUGUGGGACAAUUUCUUCUUGAGCGGAUGGUCGGGGGGCAGGAACAUAAUUUCAAAGAAUUUGUAGACUGCAAAUUGACUGCAAGAAGCCCAAACAUAUAAUAUUUGACUAAAACAUAAUCAUUUCAAACCUUGCUUACAUUUGUAUAUGAUCACGUGUCUCUGUAUUAUGCGUGGGAAUACUUGGGAACAGAUUUCCUAAAUUAAAAUCACUUUGUGCUGAUUUCCUGGUGUUUUUACAGUCUUUUAUGUCCAAAAUAAAUAAAACAAGUAUUUAUAUAUUUUUUGGGGAAAACUUGGGGUGCCUCAUAAAACCACCUCCAGUUGAGGAACCCUGUCGUAGGAGUUUGAUGUCUCAGACGGCAUUGGGACUAAAGGAUGUCUUAGUGUUAGCAUAUUUCACUUAUAGCAAUUCAGCAGCAUGCCUACAGCAUGUCUGUGUGACCCUCAGCUUAUUUAUCAUUAUUAAACAAUAAUUUGACGCCAAGUACACCAAGGAGAAAAUUUGCCACAUAGGCAUAUCCUUUGUUUUUAGCACAAUCUACACAUUAUACUGAAGAGGGAUGCUGCUGAAAAUGUUCAAAGCAUUUACAUUCGUAUUUUUUCGGGUGUUAUGCAGUAAACGUUGAUUUUUUUUACGGUAACUAAAUACAGAGACAUGACUGCACAUUUCUCAUCUUUUCCUUUCAGAAUCCAUCGACAACAUUGGAGAAAAGAGUAAGUGCCCUGACCGAUAUAGUUUUUUUCUACAGUAUGAUAUGAUGAACACUGAUGCCAUGCCAUUAGUAGUGCCUGUCUGUCUCAGUGAACCCAGCACUGAUGAAUAACCCAGAGGAUUGAGGCUUAUCAAUGGUCAGUCGUGUGCCAACAGUAGCCAUUAGUCUGACCAACUGCCGCUCAGGUGGUUAGUACCAUUGUGGGCAGGGGAAGUAGGUCUGUUAAAGUGCUUGUCUAAGAACUUUCUGUUUCCUCUGCCAGGCCUGAAUCUGUUAUAUACACAGUUAGAGUCAGGAGAGACACCCAGGAAUGAGGAUGAUGUUGCAUGAUGGGUCAGGGAGUACGCAGUUGGAAGCAGUUGAAUAGGAUGUUCCCCAAGUCCCUCAUCAACACAGGCUGGGACCCAAUAGAGACAUUUACUGUAGCUAGCCUAAGCAUCACUACACGCUUCAUCAUAGUCUAACCCCAACCUGUCUUUUAGAAAAAAUGUCAGUCAAGCAUGCAGUUUAUAGUCAGUUUCAUGGAUUCCAAUUAUGUUUGUUUACUCAAAACCAUUUGGAAACUAAUUUUCACUGUUAUUAUUAAAGGCUAUGUAAGAGGGCUUCCUGAAUAAAUAAGAUCCCAAAAGCAAAAAGGACUUCUGUUAUCUUUGCCAGAGCCUUAUCUAAGCAAAGUUAGGCCUAGAUUCAAUCAGAUCAAGCGUUAACCUGCGAUAGCCGACAUCCGCAUAGCUGAUGUUUUGGUAGUGUCAGAGGUGUAACUGUGUUGGAGCUGUCAAAUCGGUGAGCAGCUGCUCUUGAUCAUUGUCACGAAGCCACACCCAUCCUACUCGUGUUAGAAGUUCGGAACGAGAGUGUUAGGGACUGUGUAGGCUAUAUAGAAAUAAUGACUCUAACUGAAAAUCAUGAAACAAAAUAAUGAGUAUUUCUAUCAGCCUAAUCGAGGUGUAUAUUACAUCUCAACAAGUUCAAACUUGUUAACAAGGCUGCAUGGGAUUUCUCUUAAUGUGACUCUGUGUAGGCUUUAGGUAGGCUAUAAUGCCAGGAGCCGCUUGUGGUUUUACCUCUGCAUUUCCACCUCCGACACUGCCAAAACAACCGCUAUGCGUAUGUCGGCUAAAGCGGAUCUGUUUGAAUAGAGCCCUUAGUCAAGCUGACCCAAAGCCGCCACAAUUUCUCCUUUGGGGGUUCUUAGGAAAAAUGUGCUCUGUUCAAAGUGUGGGAAAGGAAUAAUAACUUUAUUGACUUUAAGUUAAUGGGAAACAGGGCAUUUUUGUUGGUCUAUUCGAAAACUGUAUCAGAGAUCUAGCUGCUAGCAGACAUGACUUGCCUGCACAGUGAGCUGUAUGUCUUUUUUUCCCUUUGUACAAUUUGUUUUGAGGGAUAUACAAAUGUUUUCUUUAAAACAACAAUACAAUACAGACAAUACAAAUGGCCACUCCUACAGUGGGUGCUCUGGUCAGAGGGUGUGCUCGCUCCCACCCGCCCCGAGACGCCGACACGGCAAGGCCCCGCUCCCGACCCAAAGGGGAUUUUCCAAGGGCGGGAAAAACCAAGCCCCGCCCGAUGCCCGGACGGGCAUGGAAGCGAGCGAACCCAUAACUACCAGGACCAGGAUACACACCGCUCACAGCAUGAAGCCAAACCACAAAAAUCUAAAAACAUACAAUAAUCCCAGCCCUGCCCUCACCCCUGAUUGGAGGACCUACAUUUGUGUAUAUAAUUAUUCCAACACUCAUCAAUUCCACCCUUCAGAAAGCCACAGAUCAACCCAUCUUUCCCAAUAAAUCAUCAUUCUACAAUUGUCUUUCUGUAUGUCUUUCUAUUUCCAGUUGUUUACCUGCUGGCCUAUCAUGUUGCCUUCAUCUUGUUUACCUGGGCCUACUGGCAGACCAUCUUCACCAAGCCCAUGAACCCCAUGAAAGAGGUGAGUGUGUGUGUGUGUGUGUGUGUGCCACCGUUGUUAUAGUAAUCUAGAACUGAAACUAAAACUAAUGAAAAAACAUUUAGUAAACUUAAAUAAAAUAAUUCACAAAUCCAUUUGAAAAACUAAAAUUAAACUGAAACUAUUAUCUUUGACUCCAAAACGAACUGAAGUAAAAUCAAAACCAACAUGAAUUAUGUUCAGUUUGAGGGGGGGGUGGUUUCAAAAUCUAAUGGGGUUUACAAACUUUUUUUCGAAUGGGAUUUUCAAGUUUCUGAAUCUGGCGGGUCACAUUGAGAUUUACUUUAUAAUUGAAAGGUAGACUCAGUGAGAUGACGUUGCCACAAACAGCACCACAGGUAUUCGGCGUGUUUGAGUAGUAAGGCUAAAGCAACCGACAGUAGACGAAAGUCGGGGGAGGUGCAUAUGCGACAGCCGAAAGUCGGACACUAAUGUGGUUUUCCAACAGCAAGGCUCAGAUCAACAUGGUAGUGUUGCCAUUGUUUAUUAAAUGUUUUCUUUAUAAUGUCGAAAUAAACAUGGAUCUAACCACCAUAUCACACAAUCUGAAAUCAUAAUAGAAUAUUAUGUGUGUACAUUGUACAAUCACUUAUUGAGAAAGAGCCUCAAAUAUCACAUGUAUUUGUAUAUAUCCACUGUACACAUAAAUCGCGGCAAAUUGGUUCCUCUUUCAUGUCUUUGGUCAUGUUCACGUGGGUCAAACAAAAGCACCCUGAUGAUUGGUUGACAAUAGAGCCUCCCACAAUGCAGGCGAUGCUGCAGGAUGAAGUUGGUGAAGAGCAACUGCAGAAACUUGCAGUCAAAACUUCAUGACCUUUGAUCACAUUAUUGUUGUAAAGUUCAUGCAGUUGACAUGUAGAUGCAAGUCAGACAAUCCCCAGAAUGCAACACACGAUGGUCACCGACUUGACCAAAGUGAUUCGCUUGAACGCACCCAUUAUGCAAGACUUUGCUCUUACACCGUCACACAGAGUAUCUGCGCAUGUGCACAGCUGUGUUUCAUGCUGCUACAACGUGGUAGCUACGGGACCAAAACAGUAGAGAAGUUUAGCCUCGUGCUUCAACCCUCCUGGUUGUUACAGAAAUUGUGUCUACCUUUAAACCUAAACUAACCUAUGCAUUACUGCCACACAGUGGCAAGAAGUGACAUCCCCAAAACACAUAAAUGGCUCCUAGCCUCCCACACAUUUCUGUCCCUAACACUAAAACUGAAACGAAAUUAAUAUAAAAACAAAAUAUUUUUUUUUAUAAAACUUAAACUGAAUAAAAACUAAUAAAGUGGAUCUGAAAACUAACAAACUAAACUGAAUUUCAAAUAAAAUCUUAAAACGAAUAGAAAUAAAAACGAAUAUAUAAACGGAAAACUAUAAUAACCUUGGUGCGUGCGUCUGACCACAGUCACCCACACGGCUCUAGACAAGUCUCGAUGAUGAGGUACAGGGAGAGGUGCAGAACUAGGCUACAGUCUCUCCUUCUAUGAUUGAGAGUGAUAUUUAGUGUGAUAUUACAUUCUUCUCCAACUGCCUGAAGGAGCACUCUAAUAGCACUUCUCCUGACCACUCGGAUUCAGUGCUUGUUGUUGUUGAAUCCAUGUGCUUCAGACGACACUCAAAAAUCCUCCUUACACUACUGAGUGCUCUGUUUCAUUGUGUGCAUUCAAGGGGAGAGAACUUAACAUUCAGGUCACCACAUAACAAUGUUUUCCUUCAUACUGUAGUAUUUAUUUGUUAGAUUAUUCAGUGGGUGGUGAUGUCGCAAUAAAAGUGAUAUAUGUGGCACUGGGUACCAUGCUGUUUGUUAUUGUUGAAGUUAUUAGUCCUUAGCCUUCAAUCAUAAAAUGCCUGAGUGCCUCAAAGUAAUAAUGUAGCAGUGCUGUGGCUCUCCAACCAAUCUAGCUGCUCAGGCAGAAGGAAUCAGAAGGAAAGGGGAAAUAUAGAACUGCAAAUGACUGAUCAGCCUUGCGACACACAACAAUACUGUACUGCAGUCCUCCAGCACUCAGAGCUACACAUCAUUUAGAUCACUUGCAUUAUCAUAUUCUUUGAUAAGUGCUGUAAUGGGAAGUGUAUCUCAUUAGUAAUGGAUAUAGGCCUGCAGUAUGCUAGAGGCACAGGAUGCUUCUUAUUAUGUUCCUCCAUCCUCUCCUCUGUAGUUCCACCUGUCCUACUCAGACAAGGAGCUGUUGGAGCGUGAGGACCGCGGAGAGUCUCAACAGGAGAUUCUUAGAAGGCUAGCCAAGGAUUUACCCAUCUACACCCGCACCAUGUCUGGAGGUACAGAACACACGCUGAUAAACGUCUUAACUGUGAUGGAUGGUUCAAUGCAAUUCUGCCCUGUGACUUUUACCAAUCCACCAGUAUAACAAUUUCAUUGUUAUAGGUGCUUUCAUUGUUAUACAUUCUUUAUUUAAUUGACAAACCAUUUUCAUUUGACAUUCUCUGUUUACAAUACAAAGAUAUUUCUAUAGCAUUUCAGUUGUUGAACACAAUUACAGAAAUGGUGAUGAACAAAAGAACAUAGGCCUAUGGUACCCCUAAAACCUUUCAAUACUUGCUGUUGACAGAGCAGUGUGUAGCGACACACCAGAAGCACUGGCCUUUGGCAAUCAAAAGUCAAUUUCAUUUGUUAUUUAUCAGUGGGGUGGAUAGGCUGACAAUGGUGUCUAAUUGACCAUGCUAACGCUGUCUCUUGCUGUCUCUCCUCAGCUAUCCGUUUCUGUGAUCGCUGCCAGCUGGUCAAGCCUGAUCGAUGUCACCAUUGCUCAGUCUGUGAUAAGUAUGGCUUUGCUCAUGGUCCUAUGUACUGUUAAUAAGAACUCUGCUGUAACUCUUUUUAAUGUGUAGGAGAAUAUUCUAGCUGUCACUGAGGUUCCUUACUGUUGUUUUACAGAUGCAUCCUAAAGAUGGAUCACCAUUGCCCGUGGUAUGUAUUGUUACUGUAUGAUCUCAUACUAAAUAUAAGUGAUGUUUUAUUAAUUAUUCUAGGGAAAUAAACAAUAUUUUCCAUUAGGUCCCUGUAUGAUUUGUAAUAGUGUUUAAAUCUCAUUUGAUAAAUAGAUAGCUUUUUCCAUUGUCGUCAAGGGCUUAACAGAUGUCUGUCUACGAUAUACGCUACAUGACCAAAAGUAUGUGGACACCUGCUUGUCGAACAUCUCAUUUCAAAAUCAUUGGCAUAAAUAUAGAGUUGGUCCCCCUUUCGCUGCUAUAACAGCCUCCACUGUUCUGGGAAGGCUUUCCAAGGCUUUCCACUAGAUGUUGGAACAUUGCUGUGGGGACUUGCUUCCAUUCAGCCACAAGAGCAUUAGUGAGGUCGGACACUGAUGUUGGGCGAUUAGGCCUGGCUUGCAGUCGGCGUUCCAAUUCAUCCCAAAGGUGUUCGAUGGGGUUGAGGUCAGGGCUCUGUGCAGGCCAGUCUUCCACACCGAUCUCGACAAACCAUUUCUGUAUGGACCUCCCUUUGUGCACGGGGGCAUUGUCAUUCUGAAACAGGAAAGGGCCUUCUCCAAACUGUUCCCACAAAGUUGGAAGCACAGAAUUGUCAAGAAUGUCAUUGUAUGCUGAGGGGCCUAGCCCGAACCAUGAAAAGCAGCCCCAGAUCAUUAUUCCUCCUCCACCAAACUUUACAGUUGGCCCUAUGCAUUGGGGCGGGUAGCGUUCUCCUGGCAUCCGUCAAACCCAGAUUCAUCUGUCGGACUGCCAGAUGGUGAAGCGUGAUUCAUCACUCCAGAGAACACGUUUCCAUUGCUCCAGAGUCCAAUGGCGGCGAGCUUUACACCACUCCAGCCGACGCUUGGCAUUGCGCAUGGUGAUCUUAGGCUUGUGUGCGGCUGCUCGGCAUUGGAAAUCCAUUUCAUGAAGCUCCCGACAAACAGUCUUUGUGCUGACGUUGCUUCCAGAGGCAGUUUGGAACUCGGUAGUGAGUGUUGCAACUGAGGACAGAUUUUUUUACCCGCUACACGCUUCAGCACUCGGCGGUCCCGUUCUGUGAGUUUGUGUGGCCUACCACGUUGUUGCUCCUAGACGUUUCCACUUCAGAAUAACAGCACUUACAGUUGACCGGGGCAGCUCUAGCAGGGUGAAAGGUGGCAUCCUAUGACGGUGCCGCGUUGAAAUUCACUGAGCUGUUCAAUAAGGCCAUUCUACUACCAAUGUUUGUCAUGGCUGUGUGAUCGAUUUUAUACACCUGUCAGCAACGGGUGUGGCUGAAAUAGCCUAAUCCACUAAUUUGAAGGGGUGUCCACAUACUUUGUAUAUAUAGUGUAGAUGAUAUUUCAGCCUUGUCCAUUUCUGUUUGGGGACAUUCUUACAAUCUAUGUUGCAGUCAAACUGUAUGUUUUUUUUCCCCAUAUUGUGUGAUAUUGACUUGGAGCAUUGCCUUAUUGUUUUGGAAUGUGACAGGGUGAAUAACUGUGUGGGCUUCUCCAACUAUAAGUUUUUCAUGCUGUUCCUGGCAUACUCCUUAUUAUAUUGCCUUUUCAUCACUGCUACAGAUUUACAGUACUUCAUUAAAUUCUGGAUCGUGAGUACAAUAUCUUCGUUGUAAACUUCUGAAUAAUUUACAUUCUGUAGAAUCUAAAUCAGUAGAAUGAUUGCAUUUCUAAUUAUAGUUUACUGUCUUAUAUAUCUAUAUCUCUCUAUAUCCAUGUUCAUUAGGGGGAGAAUACAGUAUGAAAGAUGAUGCUUGGUGUAUAACUUUAAAAUCACUGUUUCAUGUUAUGUUUUUGGCAUUCUGAUUUCUCUGCAAGGCUGGAGGUACAACACAUGACCGUCUGUUAGAAUAACUGGUAUGAGCCAAUCAGCCAAUCAGUGGCAUUUAAUUUGAGGACGAUGCACACUGAUUGGUUAAGCUCCCCCUAAACUAGUUUUGUAGUGACCUAGUCCUAGCUAACAAACGCUAACACCCAACUAGAUGACAUACUUUCCUUACAGUAACUUCAAUAGAGAGGUAAUGUUUAAUGUGCACUUGCAGAUACUAGAAGUCUAAUGCAUUGUGUUUGUGUGGAACUGCUCCCUCAGGAUGGUCUGCCUGACAGCCAGGCUAAAUUCCAUAUAAUGUUCCUGUUCUUCGCUGCUUCUAUGUUCUCUGUCAGUCUGGCCUCACUGUUCGUCUACCACUGCUGGCUGGUCUGCAAGAACAGAUCCACUCUAGGUAAGGGCUGUUUUUGAGAGCAUCUCACUGGUGUCUCACUAAACAUAGUGUAAAUAGACCUAGUCUGGGUGCACUGACUGAGUCUCCAAGUAUAGGGACUUUAUUCAAUUUUUCUCCACAUCCAAUAAAAACAGAGAUUGAGUCCCUCAUCUGUGGUAUGAUUCGAUGUAUCUUUGUCAUGGCCAAUAUCAGACAGACAGACAGAGAGAGCAGUCUCAGAUUGGAGUGAGUGGAUUACUCAGGGAGUCUGUUAUAACGCCAAGAGGAGGCUCAGAGGAGUAAGAGGCUUAGAAAUAGACACUGGUCAGGUAGCCCUGCUGGACAGGCCUUUAGAGGAAGAGAAGUCAGCCAAACCACAGCUCAGAACAGCCAGCAGACCUGAAGGCAUAGAUCUGUCCUCAGAGAGCAGGGUACUCAGGCUCUUUGGUUCAUUGGCAUUAGUUAUUACAUAAAGUCAAUUAGAAAUACAGUGAGGGAAAAAAGUAUUUGAUCCUCUGCUGAUUUUGUACGUUUGCCCACUGACAAAGAAAUGAUCAGUCUAUAAUUUUAAUGGUAGGUUUAUUUCAACAGUGAGAGACAGAAUAACAACAACAAAGGGAGUGCUCCUAAUCUCAGCUUGUUACCUGUAUAAAAGACACCUGUCCACAGAAGCAAUCAUUCAGAUUCCAAACUCUCCACCAUGGCCAAGACCAAAGAGCUCUCCAAGGAUGUCAGGGACAAGAUUGUAGACCUACACAAGGCUGGAAUGGGCUACAAGACCAUCGCCAAGCAGCUUGGUGAGAAGGUGACAACAGUUGGUGCGAUUAUUCGCAAAUGGAAGAAACACAAAAUAACUGUCAAUCUCCCUCGGCCUGGGGCUCCAUGCAAGAUCUCACCUCGUGGAGUUGCAAUGAUCAUGAGAACAGUGAGGAAUCAGCCCAUAACUACAUGGGAGGAUCUUGUCAAUGAUCUCAAGGCAGCUGGGACAAUAGUCACCAAGAAAACAAUUGGUAACACACUACGUCAUGAAGGACUGAAAUCCUGCAGCGCCCGCAAGGUCCCCCUGCUCAAGAAAGCACAUAUACAGGCCCAUCUGAAGUUUGCCAAUGAACAUCUGAAUUAUUCAGAGGAGAACUGGGUGAAAGUGUUGUGGUCAGAUGAGACCAAAAUCGAGCACUUUGGCAUCAACUCAACUCACCGUGUUUGGAGGAGGAGGAAUGCUGUCUAUGACACCAAGAACACCAUCCCCACCGUCAAACAUGGAGGUGGAAACAUUAUGCUUUGGGGGUGUUUUUCUGCUAAGGGUACAGGACAAUUUCACCGCAUCAAAGGGACGAUGGACAGGGCCAUGUACCAUCAAAUCUUGGGUGAGAACCUCCUUCCCUCAGCCAGGGCAUUGAAAAUGGGUCGUGGAUGGAUAUUCCAGCAUGACAAUGACCCAAAACACACGGCCAAGGCAACAAAGGAGUGGCUCAAGAAGAAGCACAUUAAGGUCCUGGAGUGGCCUAGCCAGUCUCCAGACCUUAAUCCCAUAGAAAAUAUGUGGAGGGAGCUGAAGGUUCGAGUUGCCAAACGUCAGGCUCGAAACCUUAAUGACUUGGAGAAGAUCUGCAAAGAGGAGUGGGACAAAAUCCCUCCUGAGAUGUGUGCAAACCUGGUGGCCAACUACAAGAAACGUCUGACCUCUGUGUUUGCGAACAAGGGUUUUUCCACCAAGUACUAAGUCAUGUUUUGCAGAGGGGUCAAAUACUUAUUUCCCUCAUUAAAAUGCAAAUCAAUUUAUAACAUUUUUGACAUGCGUUUUUCUGGAUUUUUUUGUUGUUAUUCUGUCUCUCACUGUUCAAAUAAACCUACCAUUAAAAUUAUAGACUGAUCAUGUCUUUGUCAGUGGGCAAACGUACAGAAUCAGCAGGGGAUCAAAUACUUUUUUCCCUCACUGUAGCUGAUUUUUAUCUUUGCUGUACAAAUGGCAGUUCAGUGAGAUGGAGUAGAAGGUAUUAGUCUGCAGUUGUAGCAGGCUUUUAAACAGCAAAUCUCCCCACCCUUUGAGAAUAACAAACUCUCAUCAAUCUGUUCCACAAGAGGAUAUUUGACAACUGAUGUCUCAAAAUGUUUCUUAUCCAUGCAUUAGACUUAUUAGACAUUAGACUUAUAGUGUUGCUAUUGAUUCAGCAGUUACAUAAGUACCCACAACAUAAUGCAAUGAAGUAUUUCUCUCAGUUUCCUUUGAGUUAUGAAACAUCUAGAUUGCAUAUGUUCUCUAUGUUGCAAAACUAGAUCUCUCCUCAGUUUUGGUUCAACACUGAUCAUAUUCUAUUCUAUUGUUCCUCAGAGGCGUUCCGUGCGCCACCAUUCCGUCAUGGGGCAGAUAAGAAUGGCUUCAGUCUGGGCCUAAGUAAGAACUUCCGCCAGGUCUUUGGGGAUGAAAUUAGAUACUGGCCACUUCCCGUAUUCUCCAGGUAUUUAUUUAUUUAUUAGGUGUGCUUGCUGAAGGCAAAGCACAACUCUAGAUUUCUUACAUAGUCUUAUUCUUAUUCUUAUUCUUAUUCUUAUUAUUUGAAAUCACUCUAGCCCUUAAACGAUUUAAGCUAUUAACACAAAACGAACUUCCAAUGUAGAUUGCUUGAGAAAAUAUUUUUGAUAGCAUCUAUACUUUCUGUGCUACAACAAUAUUUAUAUGAGCUUCCAAUGCAUUUCAAUGGCAAUAACAGUGGCAAACACUUACAUGGGGGGAAAAAAAAUAAAUUUGGGCACGCAUCUACUCUUAAAGGUGCUACAAAUACGAUUUUUAUUUUAUUUUUGUAAUUUCUGAAAAUGUCCAUAAUGUAUCUGCCGCUAAUAGUUGAAUGAUAGUGUUUCACAGUAUUAGUGUUUCAUAGUGUUGUGUUUCACAGUGUUGUGAUUAGCUGUGAUAUUUUCACUACUCCCUCCGAAGCUGCCACCUCUCCUUGUUCGUGCAGGCGUCGGCGUUCGUCGUCACCGGCCUUCUAGCCAUUGCCGCUCCUCAUUUCAUAAUUCCAUUGGUUUUGUCUUGUUCAUUACACACACAUGGUUCAUAUCCCCUCAUCAGUACCUGUAUAAGUGUUCCCUCUGCCCCCUUGUCUUUGUGUGUGAUUGUUUAUUGUGAGGAUAGUGAAGCUCAGUGGAGCUCCUUGUAUUUUGUAUCGCCGGGUUAUUUUCCCCUGUGUACCUUGUUGGUUUAGGUGCGCCUGUUUUGCCAAUUAGACUGCGUAACUCUGUUUUCCGGAAUAAACCCUGUUAUUCUGUGAUUUACCCUCCUGCGCCUGACUCCUUCAACUCACCCAUCACAUAAUCACACACCCGAAAUGGAGUCAGCAGGAGAGGAGCACAUGCCUGGAGUCAUGGCACGGGUCCGGGAGCAUUCGACGAUGCUAGCCAGCUUGGCAGAAGCGAUGGAUCAGCUGGCCGACCGGAUCCAGCCACCCACACCCCAGCACCCAGAGGGAUGCAUAUAUCCCGACCACUGGAUUUCGACGGGACAGCUGCUCUCUGGCAGGGAUUCCUCCUACAACUGGAGUUGUACUAUUCAAACAUCAGCCCGGCUCCAUCGGAGCGGGAGAAGGUGUCCGCCCUCGUCUCCUGCCUCUCGGGGAAAGCCCUGGAAUGGGCCAAUGUGGUCUGGAGUGAAGGAGCCACGUGGACAACUACGGGGAGUUCGCUCGCCUCUUUCGGGCCAUCUUCGAUCACCCGCCCGAAGGUAGAGAGGUGGACGAGCGGCUGGUCCACGUGAGGCAGGGGACGAGGACCGCGCAGGACCUCGCCCUGGAGUUUCGAACUCUAGCGUCUGGUCCGGGUGGAACGAGCGGGCCCUCUUCGACCACUUCCGGUGCCAUCUACGAGAGGACGUCCGAAGGGAGCUAGCCUGCCGGGACACCAUGUUGUCCUUCAAUUAACUGGUGGACAUGGCCAUCCGGUUGGACAACCUGUUGGAUGCUAGAGGACGUCCCCCAACCCCCCAACCUGGAUCAUGAGCUGAUGGAGCUGGGUGGAACGGCGAUCCGGGAGAGCAGAGGACGACAGCGCCAGUGUCACUCUAAUGGCAAGAGAGGACAUUCUCCUGCACGCUGGAGGCGGCAGGCAGAGCACUCUCGCGUCACCCCAGGUAUCGAACACCCACACUCGUUCAGAGCCCUCUUCUGCGCACUGUACCCUACCCGUCUACUUUCCUGAUUACACAGUAGUUCCCCAGUGUAAGGCACUGGUCGAUUCAGGCGCAGCUGGUAACUUUAUGGACAGGUCAUUUGCACAUAGUCUAGGCAUUACAUUUGUUCCCCUAUCCAUUCCACUCCCCAUUAGAGCACUUGACAGUCGACCACUAGGGUCCGGGUUCGUAAAGGAAGUUACAGCACCAGUCACCAUGGUUACGCACGAGACCCAUAGAGAGCAAGUCACCUUUUUUAUUAUUGAGUCUUCUGAUUUCCCCAGUUAGCACUACACAACCCCACCUUUUCAUGGCCGCAGAGGGUUCUCACGGGGUGGUCGCGAGAGUGUCAGGGUAGGUGUCUAGGUGUUUCCGUUGGUCCAACAACAGUGGAAAGUCCAGACACUACCUCCACCGUGUGCAUUCCCCCCGAAUACUUAGAUUUGGUGCACGCGUUUUCUGAAACGCAGGCGACCAAAUUACCACCUCAUCGGGCGGGGGAUUGCGCGAUAAACCUCUGGGUAGACCCUGUGCCUCUCAGGAGUCAUGUGUAUUCCCUGACACAGGCUGAAACGGAGGCGAUGGAGACAUACGUUUCCGAGUCCCUGCGUCAGGGGUUCAUACGUCCCUCCACCUCCUCAAGUUAAUUUUUUGUGAAGAAGAAAGACGGAGAUCUGCGCCCUUGCAUUGAUUACCGAGCACUGAACAAGGGGACAAUACGUUAUAGUUAUCCUCUACCCCACAUUCCAUGUGUGAUCGAGUCAAUACAUGGGGCGCGCUUCUUCACAAAAUUAGAUCUCCGGAGUGCGUUAAACCUGGUGCGUGUCCGAGAGGGGGACGAGUGGAAGACAGCAUUCAGCACAACCACGGGGCAUUACGAAUACCUGGUGAUGCCGUACGGUUUGAUGCUCCAUCAGUCUUCCAGUCCUUUGUGAACGAGGUGUUUCGGGACAUGCUUGGUCGCAGUGCAGUGGUCUACAUUGAUGACAUUCUGGUGUAUUCCGCUAUGCACGCCGAGCAUGUGUCCCUGGUUCUCAAAGUGCUGGCCCGACUGUUGGAACAUGAGCUUCAUGCCAAGGAAGAAAAGUGUCUGUUUUUCCAACAGUCCGUCUCCUUCCUCGGAUACCACAUUACCACCUCAGGUGUGGAGAUUGAGGGAGAUCACAUUUCAGCCGUCAGUAAUUGGCCGACUCCAACCACGGUUAAGGAGGUACAGCGCUUUAUUGGCUUCGCCAACUACUAUCGGAGGUUUAUCCGGGGCUUUGGCAAGGUCGCAGCUCCCAUCACAUCUCUGUUGAAGGGUGGGCCGUCCCGGCUCCACUGGUCUGCUGAUGCUGACAGGGCCUUCAGUAACCUGAGUGUUCUGUUCACCUCAGCCCCGGUACUGGCCCAUCCUGAUCCAUCACUACUGUUCGUAGUGGAGGUGGAUGCGUCCGAGGUAGGGAUAGGCUCUGUCCUAUCUCAACACUCGGGCAUGCCACCCAAGCUCCGCCCCUGUGCCUUCUUCUCCAAGAAGCUCAGCCCGGCGGAGCAGAACUACGACGUUGGUGAUCGGGAGCUGUUGGCUGUUGUCCAAGCCCUGACCGUGUGGAGGCACUGGCUCAAGGGGGAGAAACACCCUUUCCUCGUCUGGAUGGACCACCGUAACCUGGAGUACAUCCGGGCAGUGAGGAGGCUGAACCCUCGCCAGGCCAGGUGGGCCCUAUUCUUCACCCGGUUUGAUUUUACUCUAUCAUACAUCCCGGGUACGAAGAACAUGAAGGCAGACGCACUGGCAAGGCUGUACGACACAGAGGAGAAGCCCAUAGACAACACCCCCAUACUCCCGGCCUCCUGUAUUGUGGCGCCGGGAGUAUGGGCUGUGGACGCGGACAUAGAGCGGGCGUUACGCACAGAGCCAUCUCCACCUCAGUGUCCAGCUGGGCUGCUGUACGUCUCUUGUCCGUGACCGUCUGAUCUAUUGGGCACACACGUCCCCCUCCUCUGGUCACCCAGGUAUCGGUCGUACAGUGCGCUGCCUGACCGGAAAGUACUGGUGGCCUACCUUGGCUAAGGACAUGUAUGUCUCCUCCUGCUCGGUGUGCACCCAGAGUAAGGCACAUAGGCACCUCCCAGCGGGUAAGUUACAGCCCUUACCAGUUCCACAACGGCCAUGGUCCCACCUGUGUAUUGACUUUCUCACUGAUCUUCCCCUCUCUCAGGGUAACACCACCAUCCUGGUCGUUGUGGACCGCUUUUCAAAAGCCUGCCACCUCCUUCCUCUGCCCGGUCUCCCCACGGCCCUGCAGACUGCGGAGGCCCUGUUUACUCAUGUCUUCUGGCACUACGGGGUGCAUAGCACUAUUACAGCAACCACUUUAGUUGUUAAUGAUCUUCUCAAUGCUUUAGACACUAAAAUGAAAUGUGCUGCUUUGUUUGUGGACCUUUCAAAAGCUUUUGAUACUGUUGAUCAUGCUAUUUUAUUGAAUAAGUUGUCCUCGAUAGGCCUGAGCUCUGACGCCUGUUCAUGGUUUCAUGAUUAUCUUAGUGCUAGAACUCAGGCCAAGUCUGAAUUAAGUCUGAAUUUCUUGUAGUACAUAAAGGUGUACCACAGGGGGCUAUUUUGGGACCUGUUCUCUUCACUAUUCAUAUAAACACUAUUUGUCAAUCUGUUAAAAAUUGUAAACUUCAUCUAUAUGCGGAUGAUACUUGUUAUUUGGUGGUUUUUGAAUACCUUCCUUAAAACAUUCACUGAAUAUUUCAAUAAGACUUUUAAUAACACUGCUAGCUUAUUUUGGGUUAACUUUCUUGAACUCCAAGCACAGAUGGGACACAUGGAAAUGAAUUUGCUUAAGCAUUAAUCAUGCAAAUACAUGUAUUAUUUAUUAUGACAGAGAAUCAGUGAGAUUCCAACCUAUAAUCUUCUGUUCUCUAUCCAUGGAAUUAGCAUGCCAUGUUUUUUUACACAUACAAAGCUGUUCAUUUUAGUCUAUUCAAACACAUCCCAUUUCAAAGGAAACAAGCACUCAUUAACCUCAGGUGUGGCCAAUUAGUGGGCUUGGCCAACACAUCUGAACACACUUAACAAGAUAGAGGAACAUUUUGUUCAUGCUGAGAACAGAAUGUAUGUUUUUAAAUAACAUUCUUAGAACGUUUUCUAAACGUUACUAUAGUUUUCUUGUGGUUUAAUGGAAAGUUUUCUUAAUGUUCUCGGAACAAUUUGUAAACAUGACUUUAAAUAGAAUCAUGAGGAAAUCUGUAGGAAACGUUAAUGCUGAAGUUUUGAAAUUCCCAAAAGCUAACUCUAAGUGUAAAUAUUGCCAUCUCGCCAUAUUGCCAUUGUCGCGUCACUGGUAGGAGAGAAAGUUUUGGAAUUCCCAAAAGUGGCUGAAUUUACCGAGAGCAGCAGUAGCUCUAAGUCAGAAAAUGAAUUAAUGGAAGAGGAGGAAAUAGUUAGAAAGCCAAUAAACCUCCUGAAAUCUUUCAUGUUUGAGCCGAUCAUUGCCCCAGGUCGAAAAGUUCGUUCUCGGGGCAAGAAUAGCAACUGCUCUGCUUUUGCAUAUUUGUGAUACUGAAUGUUAUCAGAUCUUCAACCAAAACCUAAUAUUAGAUAAAGGGAACAUAAGUGAACAAAUAACACAACAAUUACAUAUUUAUUUCAUUUAUUUCAUAAACAAAGUUAUGCAACACCCAAUUCCCCUAUGUGAAAAAGUUAUACUUUUGAAUCAUCUGUCCAUAAAACGUUCUUCCAAGAGUCUUGAUGAUCAUCCAGGUGCUUUUUGGCAAACUUGAGUCAACUUUUUGGACGAGAUGGGUCCCAUUAUGCCUGGCGAAAACCAAACACUGCAUUCCACAGUAAGAACAUCAUACCAAAGGUCAAGCAUGGUGGUGGUGGUGUGAUGGUUUGGGGAUGCUUUGCUGCCUCAGGACCUGGACGACUUGCCUUAAUAGAAGGAACCAUGAAUUCUGCUCUGUAUCAGAGAAUUCUACAGGAGAAUGUCAGACCAUCCAUCUGUGAGCUGAAGCUGAAGCGCAGCUGGGUCAUGCAGCAAGACAAUGAUCCAAAACACACAAUCAAGUCGACAUGAAAAUUGUUAAAAAGCAACAAAUUGGAAGUUUUGGAAUGGCCUAGUCAAAGUCCAGACCUAAUCCCAAUUGAGAUGUUGUGGCAGGACUUGAAACGAGCAGUUCAUGCUUGAAAUCCCACACGUCACUGAGUUAAAGCAGUUCUGCAUGGAAGAGUGGGCCAAAAUUCCUCCACAGCGAUGUGAGAGACUGAUCAACAACUACAGGAAGCAUUUGGUUGGAGUCAUUGCAGCUAAAGGUGGCACAACCAGUUAUUGAGUGUAAGGGGGCAAUUACUUUUUCACACAGGGGAAUUGGGUGUUGCAUAACUUUGUUUAUUAAAUAAAAAUGUAAUUGUUGUGUUAUUUGUUCACUUAUGUUCCUUUAUCUAAUAUUAGGUUUUGGUUGAAGAUCUGAUAACAUUCAGUAUCACAAAUAUGCAAAAGUAGAGAAAAUUAGAAAGGGGGCAAAUACUUUUUCAUAGCACUGUAGCUUAGGGAAGCACUGCCAUCUUGUGGAAGCAAUGGUAAUUACACUGAGCAGCUAGUUUGAGAUCUUAGACACUCAAGUUGGCACUUUGUUUGACAAAAAGCACACAUUACAAAUGUAUUGUAAAUAAAAACAAAAAAACAUGUAAAACAGGUAGUGUAGAGAUGCGGUCAGAUAUUCAGCAGGAGGCAGAAGGUUCGGGAGCAUAACUGUUGAUAUUUAUUUACAUUAUUCAAGUAGUGGUAUCCGAUAAAGAUAUUUACAAUAUUUACAAAGCCAAACGAACUGAGUCUCAAGCAGGCUUACCCUGUCUCUAUCAGGUUAGACAGGUGGGGGUGUACCAGGCUAAAGCAGCCUCCCCAGUCAAUUUUCCAAAACAGAACUGAAUUCCCACCUAAAACAGGGCCAUCCCGGAACGUAUCAUAAAUCAUCAUAACAUACAAAACUGUCUAAUACACACAAAUUGGGCACUCAGGAGGGUCUGCUGGGAUGACCCUAGAGCCAGAUAGGAGUUACACAAAUCAUUUUUGGUAAUUUCAUCUCAGCCAGCAGAUGAGCUCCCGUCUAACCGACCUCCGCCAUCCAUACUGUGGAACACUGGGCUAUGUGCAUACUAUAUAAUAUGUGAUGGCUAUUUGAUGAUAUUGUGGAGAUUGUCGACUUUUUAACACAAAAUAAAUUACAGACAGUGUCACCAGCAAAGCACCCCCACACCAUAACACCUCCUCCUCCAUGCUUUACGGUGGGAAAUACACAUGUGGAGAUCAUCCCUUCACACUUAGGCCUCUACUUCCAGCUUAUACAUACUAUGUACAUUUUAUGGACACAGUCAAUCUUACAAUAAUUAUAUUUUGUUUGUUUUCACUCCUGAACUUCCUCCACCCACAACAUUGCCGAUAAUUUUCAUGAUGUCCAUCUGGUAUGCUUCUAUAUGCCAUUUCUUUCUAACUGUGCUCUUUCACAAAAGCUCUCAACCUAUAACCUAUAUACUUAUUAUGGACACAGUAUGCUUUACAUUAGUUAUCUUGUUGUUAUUAGUUGUUGUUAGUUGUUAUUAGUCCCAUCCUUCAGCUCCAUUCAACACCUCCCAUCUAUCUCUUAACACCAUCCAUAUAGGAUUUCUAUUUGCCAUAUAUUUUUUCAACUGUACUGUGAUGUUUCACAAAAGUUCUGAACCCUUCUAUUCUCAUUGUUUCUACAGAUUGUAAAUUGAAAAUAAUAGUUUUUGCAAAAAUUAUUAUUAUAUUAUUGAUCGAUUGACUAUGACUUUUCAGAUCACCCAGUCGUGCUAUCUGCAGAGUUAGCUCCAGUUAAAUAUUGCAAUCCUUCAGCCAUUCCUGGACCUGUGAUCAAAAACAAGCUACAAAUGGACAAUACCAAAACAAAUGAUCUAAUGAUUCUGUCUAUUCGCAGCAAAAUCUGCAGAGCUGGGAAGAUUGUAUCCCCUAUAUAAAUAACAUUCUAUAUGUAGCAAGAAUUUUGUAUAAUAAUUUAAAUUGAAAAAUUCCAAGUUUUGAAUCCGGCGUUGUUUUGCGUAUCAGUUCAUAAACACUAUGCCAUGGAACCGGAAUGGGGCGGCAGGUAGCUUAGUGGUUAAGAGCGUUGUGCCAGUAACCGAAAGGUCGCUGGUACUAAUCCCCGAGCCGACUAGGUGAAAAAUCUGUCGAUGUGCCCUUGAGCAAGGCACUUAACCCGAAUUGCUCCUGUAAGUCGCUCUGGAUAAGAGCAUCUGCUAAAUGACAAAAAUAUAAAUGUAAAAUGAAUCGGUACGUCAAAAAACUUCCCAACUAUUUUGCAAUCUAUAUGGGAUGGCUGUCGAUCCUUUGGUCCUUAAAUGAAACUGGUAUACUUUUUUAUUUAUCACAGUUUCCUUUAACCAAUUAUGGUCUUUAAUGCAGGGCUGACAGACAAGUUCCUUACUUUUGCCCCCUUCCCCUUUCCUCUUCCAUUUUUGCAGUAAUGCUUGAAUUAUUUGGAAGUAAUUUUGGGUAGAGCAGACAUUUCCAUAUGGUUUUGUUAGCUGCAUGUGCGAAAUUACUCCACCACUCCUACCUAUGAUGUCAUUUAUGAAGAUUAUACAUUUUGUAAAAAAAAAUCAAAAGAUUAUGGUUUUUUAUCAAUUAGUAAUUUGAGUUUAACCACAAUAUUUGUUGCAUUAUUUGUUCUAUCGUUUCUGGAGGAUUCAAUUGAAAUUGCAACCAACUUUCUAUGACUUGUUUUAGAAAGAGUGAUAUUUGGGAGAUGAUUUCCUUUACAACCUCUCACUUUCAGUUAUUAGAAAUCUGAAUAAAGGGAAAAAGGCCAUUCUUGAACAUGGGGGGAGACAAUCUUACUAAUUUGCUAGAGAACCAGUUCGGAUUUAAGUAUAACUUUUGUAUGACUGAAGCUUUUAGUGAUAGGUCUAAUGCUUUAAUAUUUAAUCAUUUCUGUCCUCCGAAUUCAUAUUCAUUUUAGAAAUAGGCCCAUUUAAUGUCAUUCUGAUAUAAAUUCAAAAACUGUUUGCUAGGCAUAGGCAAGACCAUAAGUAAAUAGGUAAACUGGGAUAAUAAUAUAGAGUUAAUCAGGGUGAUUUUUCCACAAAUAGACAGGUAUUUACCUUUCCAUCUUAUCUAUUUUUAAUAACUUUCUAUAAAAAUUUAUUGGAGUGAGAUCAUUUAUUUCAUUUGGGAUAUGUAUUCCGAGUAUAUCCACAUCACCAUCAGACCAUUUUAUUGGUAAACUACACGGUAAUGUAAAAAUUGUAUUUUUUAGUGAUCCAAUAUGUAAUAUAGUACAUUUAUCAUAAUUUGGUUGUAAUCCAGAGAGGUUAGAAAAUGUAUCUAGAUCCUCUAUGAGGCUGUGGAGGGAUUCAAGUUGUGGAUUUAAAAGAAAACAUGAAUCAUCAGCGUACAAUGACACCUUUGUUUUUAAGCCCUGGAUUUCUAAUCCCUUGAUAUUAUUGUUGGAUCUGAUUUUAAUAGCUAACAUUUCAAUGGCCAUAAUAAAUAGAUAUGCCGAUAGUGGACAACCUUGUUUUACUCCUCUUGACAGUUUAAAACUUUUAGAGAAAUAGCCAUUAUUUACUAUUUUACACCUAGGGUUACUAUACAUGAUUUUUACCCAUUUUAUAAGAGAUUCUCCAUAAUUGAAAUGCUUCAGGCAUUUAUAUAUAAACUCCAGUCGUACCUUAUCAAAUGCCUUUUCAAAGUCUGCUAUGAAAAGUAGGCCUGUUUCCCAGAUUUUUCAUAGUGUUCUAUUGUUUCCAGGACUUGCCUUAUAUUAUCUCCAAUGUAUCAUCCAUGUAAAAAACCUGUCUGAUUAGAAUGAAUAAUGUCUGACAAUACCUUUUUAAUUCUAUGUGCUACACAUUUUGCUAGAAUUUUUGCAUCACAACACUGAAGUGUAAGGUGCCUCCAAUUUUUUUAAUGGACUGGAUAUUUUUCUAUUUCUCACUUGUAUCCCGUUUCAGUAAUAAUGAAAUCAGACCUUCUUGAGUACCAUUUACAGUUGAAGUUGGAAGUUUAUGAAAAAAAAGAAAGAAAAGGUAUGCACUCACUUAACUGUAAGUCGCUCUGGAUAAGAGCGUCUGCUAAAUGACUAAAAUGUAAAAAAUGUUUACAUACACUUAGGUUGGAGUCAUUCAAAUGCUUUUUUCAACCACUCCACAAAUUUAUUGUUAACAAACUAUAGUUUUGGCAAGUCGGUUAGGACAUCUUCUUUGUGCAUGACACAAGUAAUGUUUCCAACAAUUGUUUACAGACAGAUUAUUUCACUUAUAAUUCAUUGUAUCACAUUUCCAGUGGGUCAGAAGUUUACAUACACUAAGUUGAAUGUGCCUUAAAACAGCUUGUAAAAUUCCAGAAAAUGAUGUCAUGGCUUUAGAAGCUUCUGAUAGGCUAACUGACAUAAUGUGAGUCAAUUGGAGAGGUACCUGUGGAUGUAUUUCAAGGCCUACCUUCAAAAUCAGUGCCUCUUUGCUUGACAUCAUUGGAAAAUCAAAAGAAAUCAGCCAAGACCUCAGAAAAAAAAAUGUAGACCUCCACAAGUCUGGUUCAUCCUUGGGAGCAAUUUCCAAACGCCUGAAGGUACCACGUUCAUCUGUAUAAACAAUAGUACGCAAGUAUAAACACCAUGGGACAACACAGCCGUCAAUCCGCUCAGGAAGGAGACGCGUUCUUUCUCCUAGAGAUGAACGUACUUUGGUGCGAAAAGUGCAAAUCAAUCCCAGAACAACAGCAAAGGACCUUGUGAAGAUGCUGGGGGAAAAAGGUACAAAAGUAUCUAUAUCCACAGUAAAACCAGUCCUAUAUCGACAUAACCUGAAAAGCUGCUCAGCAAGGAAGAAGCCACUGCUCCAAAACCGCCAUAAAAAAGCCAGAGUACGGUUUGCAACUGCACAUGGGGACAAAGAUUGUACUUUUUGGAGAAAUGUCCUCUGGUCUGAUGAAACAAAAAUAGAACUGUUUGGCCAUAAUGACCAUCGUUAUGUUUGGAAGAAAAUGGGGGUUGCUUGCAAGCCGAAGAACACCAUCCCAACCGUGAAGCAUGGGGGUGGCAGCAUCAUGCUGUGGGGGUGCUUUGCUGCAGGAGCACUUCACAAAAUAGAUGGCAUCAUGAGGAAGGAAAAAUAUGUGGAUAUAUUGAAGCAACAUCUCAAGACAUCAGUCAGGAAGUUAAAGCUUGGUCGCAAAUGGGUCUUCCAAAUGGACAAUGACUGCAAGCAUACUUCCAAAGUUGUGGCAAAAUGGCUUAAGGACAACAAAGUCAAGGUAUUGGAGUGGCCAUCACAAUGCCGUGACCUCAAUCCUAUAGAAAAUGUGUGGGCAGAACUGAAAAAGCAUGUGCGAUCAAGGAGGCCUACAAACCUGACUCAGUUACAUUUACAUUACAUUUACAUUUAAGUCAUUUAGCAGACGCUCUUAUCCAGAGCGACUUACAAAUAGGUGCAUUCACCCUAUAGCCAGUGGGUUAACCACUUUACAACAAUUUUAUUUAUUUUUUAUUUAUUUUAUUUUAAUUUUUUAUAUUUUUAAAAAAAAAAAAUUUUGGGGGGGGGGCUAGACGGAUUACUUCAUCCUAUCCCAGGUAUUCCUUAAAGAGGUGGGGUUUCAAAUGUCUCCGGAAGGUGGUGAGUGACUCCGCUGUCCUGGCGUCGUGAGGGAGCUUGUUCCACCAUUGGGGUGCCAGAGCAGCGAACAGUUUUGACUGGGCUGAGCGGGAACUAUGCUUCCGCAGAGGAAGGGGAGCCAGCAGGCCAGAGGUGGAUGAACGCAAUGCCCUCGUUUGGGUGUAGGGACUGAUCAGAGCCUGAAGGUACGGAGGUGCCGUUCCCCUCACUGCUCCAUAGGCAAGCACCAUGGUCUUGUAACGGAUGCGAGCUUCAACUGGAAGCCAGUGGAGUGUGCGGAGGAGGGGGGUGACGUGAGAGAACUUGGGAAGGUUGAACACCAGACGGGCUGCGGCAUUCUGGAUGAGUUGUAGGGGUUUAAUGGCACAGGCAGGGAGCCCAGCCAACAGCGAGUUGCAGUAAUCCAGACGGGAGAUGACAAGUGCCUGGAUUAGCACCUGUGCCGCUUCCUGUGUAAGGCAGGGUCGUACUCUCCGAAUGUUGUAGAGCAUGAACCUGCAGGAUCGGGUCACCGCCUUGAUGUUAGCAGAGAACGACAGGGUGUUGUCCAGGGUCACGCCAAGGCUCUUCGCACUCUGGGAGGAGGACACAACGGAGUUGUCAACCGUGAUGGCGAGAUCAUGGAACGGGCAGUCCUUCCCCGGGAGGAAGAGCAGCUCCGUCUUGCCAGGGUUCAGCUUGAGGUGGUGAUCCGUCAUCCAUACUGAUAUGUCGGCCAGACAUGCAGAGAUGCGAUUCGCCACCUGGUUAUCAGAAGGGGGAAAGGAGAAGAUUAGUUGUGUAUCGUCAGCGUAGCAAUGAUAGGAGAGGCCAUGUGAGGAUAUGACAGAGCCAAGUGACUUGGUGUAUAGGGAGAAAAGGAGAGGGCCUAGAACUGAGCCCUGGGGGACACCAGUGGUGAGAGCACGUGGUGCGGAGACAGCUUCUCGCCACGCCACUUGGUAGGAGCGACCGGUCAGGUAGGACGCAAUCCAGGAGUGAGCCGCGCCGGAGAUGCCCAGCUCGGAGAGGGUGGAGAGGAGGAUCUGAUGGUUCACAGUAUCAAAGGCAACAGACAGGUCUAGAAGGACAAGAGCAGAGGAGAGAGAGUUAGCUUUAGCAGUGCGGAGAGCCUCCGUGACACAGAGAAGAGCAGUCUCAGUUGAAUGACCAGUCCUGAAACCUGACUGGUUUGGAUCAAGAAGGUCAUUCUGAGAGAGAUAGCAAGAGAGUUGGCUAAAGACGGCACGCUCAAUAGUUUUGGAAAGAAAAGAAAGAAGGGAUACUGGUCUGUAGUUGUUGACAUCAGUGGGAUCGAGUGUUGGUUUUUUGAGAAGGGGUGCAACUCUCGCUCUCUUGAAGACGGAAGGGACAUGGCCAGCGGUCAAGGAUGAGUUGAUCAGCGAGGUGAGGUAGGGGAGAAGGUCACCGGAGAUGGUCUGGAGAAGAGAGGAGGGGAUGGGGUCAAGCGGGCAGGUUGUUGGGCGGCCUGCAGUCACUAGUCGCAAUAUUUUAUCUGGAGAGAGAGGGGAGAAAGAAGUCAAAGCAUAGGGUAGGGCAGUGUGAGCAGGACCAGCAGUGUCAUUAGACUUAACAAACGAGGAUCGGAUGUCGUCAACCUUCUUUUCAAAGUGGUUGACGAAGUCAUCCACAGAGAGGGAGGAGGGGGGGGGGGGGAUUCAGCAGUGAGGAGAAUGUGGCAAAGAGCUUCCUAGGGUUAGAGGCAGAUGCUUGGAAUUUAGAGUGGUAGAAAGUGGCCUUAGCAGCAGAAACAGAUGAAGAAAAUGUAGAGAGGAGGGAGUGAAAAGAUGCCAGGUCGGCAGGGAGUUUAGUUUUCUUCCAUUUCCGCUCAGCUGCCCGGAGCUCUGUUCUGUGAGCUCGCAAUGAGUCAUCAAGCCACGGAGCUGGAGGGGAGGACCGAGCCGGCCGGGAGGAUAGGGGACACAGGGAGUCAAAGGAUGCAGAAAGGGAGGAGAGGAGGGUUGAGGAGGCAGAAUCAGGAGAUUGGAGGGAGAAGGAUUGAGCAGAGGGAAGAGAUGAUAGGAUGGAAGAGGAGAGAGUAGUGGGAGAGAGAGAGCGAAGGUUGCGGCGGCGCGUUACCAUCUGUGUAGGGGCAGAGUAAUAUUAUUUUGUUAUUAUCUGCAAAGCCGUUACAAUUAUAUAUUAUAAUUGGCUAUACUUAUUUCAACACUUACCAUAAAAAGAUACAAGUUUCAAAUCUAUUUAUUAUAAUAUAUGUUUGUAAAUUUUCCAAUAAAAGGUACCAUAGUGAUUGAGUAUCCAUAUACAGUGGCUUGUGAAAGUAUUCACCCCCUUUGGCAUUUUUCCUAUUUUGUUGCCUUACAACCUGGAAUUCAAUUAGAUUUUUUGUGGGGUUUGUAUCAUUUGAUUUGAAGAUGCAAAAUAUUUAAUAAUACCAAGUCUCUUGGUGUAUGUCUCUAUAAGCUUGGCACAUCUAGCCACUGUCAUUUUUGCUCAUUCUACAAGGAAAAACUGCACCAGCUCCUUCAAGUUAGAUGGGUUCCGCUUGUGUACAGCAAUCUUUAAGUCAUACCACAGAUUCUCAAUUGGAUUGAGGUCUGGGCUUUGACUAGGCCAUUCCAAGACAUUUAAAUGUUUCCCCUUAAACCACUCGAGUGUUGCUUUAGCAGUAUGCUUAGGGUCAAUGUCCUGCUGGAAGGUGAACCUCCGUCCCAGUCUCAAAUCUCUGGAAGACUGAAACAGGUUUACCUCAAGAAUUUCCCUGUGUUUAGCGUCAUCCAUCAUUCCUUAAAUUCUGACCAGUUUCCCAGUCCCUGCCGAUGAAAAACAUCCCUACAGCAUGAUGCUGCCACCACCAUGCUUCACUGUGGGGAUGGUGUUCUCGGAGUGAUGAGUGGUGUUGGGUUUGUGCCAGACAUAGUGUUUUCCAUGAUGGCCAAAAAGUUCAAUUUUAGUCUCAUCUGACCAGAUUACCUUCUUCCAUAUGUUUGGGGAGUCUCCCACAUGCCUUCUGGCGAACACCAAACGUGUUUGCUUAUUUUUUUCUUUAAGCAAUAGCUUUUUUUCUGGCCACUCUUCUAUAAAGGCCAGCUUUGUGGAGUGUACGGCUUAAAGUGGUCCUAUGGACAGAUACUCCAAUCUCCGCUGUGGAGCUUUGCAGCUCCUUCAGGGUUAUCUUUGGUCUCUUUGUUGCCUCUCUGAUUAAUGCCCUCCUUGCCUGGUCCGUAAGUUUUGGUGGGCGGCCCACUCUUGGCAGGUUUGUUGUGGUGUCAUAUUCUUUCCAUUUUUAAAUAAUGGAUUUAAUGGUGCUCCGUGAGAUUCUCAAAGUUCUUCAUGGUGCCACUUGCUUGGUGGUGCCCCUUGCUUAGUGGUGUUGCAGACUCUGGGGCCUUUCAGAACAGGUGUCUAUAUACUGAGAUCAUGUGACAGAUCAUGUGACACUGAGAUUGCACACAGGUGGACUUUAUUUAACUAAUUAUGUGACUUCUGAAGGUAAUUGGUUGCACCAGAUCUUAUUUAGGGGGUUCAUAGCAAAGGAGGUGAAUACAUAUGCCUGCACCACAUUUCCGUUAUUUAUUUUUUCAAUAUUUUUGAAACAAGUUAUUUUUUUCAUUUCACUUCACCUAUUUGGACUAUUUUGUGUAUGUCCAUUAAAUGAAAUCCAAAUAAAAAUCCAUUUAAUUUACAGGUUGUAAUGCAACAAAAUAGGAAAAACGCCAAGGGGUAUGAAUACUUUUGCAAGGCACUGUAGCUGUACCAUGAUAUUUGCAUUGCUACUAAGUAACCCUCCAAUUGUUCUCCACUAUUCCCUCCGCUAAAGCCCCUCCCCAUCCCAAGUUGGGUUGUCAUCCCAGUGAUCGGCAUACCACCCCUGUCCCCCCGGAUCCCUAGGCCCCCCGAGAGGCCAGGACCCAUCCUUCGAAAACAGCACACAGUGCCACCCACUUCUUAUCUUCUGUAUCCCCCCCCCCCCCCCCCCCCCCACCUUGUCACAGCACAACUUAUUGGCUCAAACGCAUUAAGAAGGAAAGAAAUUCCACAAAUUAACUUUUAAGAAGGCACACCUGUUAAUUAAAAUGAUUCCAGGUGACUACCUCAUGAAGCUGGUUGAGAGAAUGCCAAGUGUGUGCAAUGCUGUCAUCAAGGCAAAAGGGUGGCUAUUUGAAGAAUCUCAAAUGUAAAAUGUAUUUUGAUUUGUUUAACACUUUCUUGGUUACUACAUGAUUCCAUAUGUGUUAUUUCAUAGUUUUGAUGUCGUCACUAUUAUUCUACAAUGUAGAAAAUAGUAAAAAUAAAGAAAAACCCUUGAAUGAGUAGGCGUGUCCAAACUUUUGACCGGUAGUGUAUGUACAGACAUAUAUUUUGAAAAUUACCUUCUCGAGAUCCUUUAGCAAUCUCGAGUUGAGGACGACGUUUCUAACUUUCUCAAAAGCUGCUGAUGACGUGUUCAGCCAGGGGCGUGUUUCUUCCUCUUCGGGUGUGUGUGGGGGUGGGGUUCACAUCUGUUACGGGAGUCUCCAUUGACCCACUGGUGCUCAUUUGUGAUGUGGUGAACUUCAGUGAUCCAUUUUCCUUUCAGCACCUGGACACUUCCACCAGCAGUGACGGCACAGUACCACUGCCCUCACCCAUGGCAGUACCUGAGACAGAUAGGGAACAAAUGAGACACCUGAGUCAUUGACUUGAAUGAUCGCCUCUGUCUGAAAAUUCAUUUGUAAAAAUAAAUAAAACCAAAUUCAUUCCUAUAUUGUGACAAGUUCAGGUGGUUCUGAGUUUACCAUAAAAUAUAUGACAGUACCUCUGGCUUCCCGAUAGCCAACAGCUGUUUCCUCACACCUUUGGCUACUGUAUGUGCCACAGGUCGUACUCAUGCCAGAUAUGAGAAUAGGAGUCCCUCAAGAGCACCCUCACACUUGGAUGCCUGUCGGUGGCCAGGGUUUCAACUACGCAUCCAUGGGCCUGUAAGGAUAAUAAUAAAGGCAUUAUUACUAAAGGUACCUAAAGUAGGCCUACACAUUGCAUAACAGCAUUAAUUGCAUUUGACAAAGACAAAAAAUAGGUUAUAGCUUACCUCAGUGUGUUGCAGGCAUCUCUCUAAUCCUUCUGUCUCCAACCAGUAGAUGUUCUUCAACUCGGUCACAUGCACACUCUCCUGGGCGAGGAUCAGGUGGGAAGCAGAGUCCAGGAUGGUGUAAGUGCCAAAUGAUGUAGAGGCGCUGUAUGUUGGUGAACUGUUGCCGCGAGAUGGACACCAGGCUGAGGAGGUGACAAGUUUCCACAAAUGUGGUGUGGGAGUUGUUUGGAGGGAUUCCCUGCAAACAACUUUCCCACUCUGGUCUGGAACUACCACUUCCUCUUGUAGCCCACAACACACUCGGACUCCAUGGUGAUGGCAAAACCACUUCUGUACUGGGAUGAGCUGAUUACACUUGCGCCACAUCCUGGCUCAUGGCAGACAUUAAACAGCUCCUUCAGCUUGCUAUCGAAGAUGAUGGAUUUUGCAUCUUGCACACACUCUUCGAUAGAAACUCCUGGCUCGCACUGCGAUGAUUGUGAUUCUGAGCUGCUUCUCUCAGGCUCAAACAGUGAGACCUGGUCUUGACUCAUCUCAUUCUCACUCUUACUGUCAGUCAGCUCCUCCAUGAUCUGUGGUGAAAAGGGGCAGGGCUUGGUCAUACACAGAUGGGCAUGAGCGCAGACUAGCUGUGCCUCCAGCUCUGUAGUGAUGGUCCCGGUGGACCUCUUCUCCAGCUCAGCACAAGGACACUGGCACCCAGGGGUCAGUUUGGCAAGCAGUACUAACCAUUCUUUCCUGUUGGUAGAAAACAAAUUAAGUCAGUUGUACUAAGAACAUGAUGAGGCAUCUUUUAGGCUAUAGCUACAGUAUAUUCUUCAAGAAUCACUGCAUAUACUGUAUAUUGUCCAUUUUAUAUCCAAAUUCCCCUCAGGAAAGACAGAUUGUGGCAUGAAAUAAAAAUAGCUUAGAAAUAACACGGGUUUGCAUGCAGCUACCUCCUCUGACUCCUGCACAGUCUCCACGGUCUCCUCCAGGAUGAAAACCUUUUUAGGGAUGACGAUGUCAUCCUGAAAACAAACAAACAUUUUGUUACAUUUGCAGAACAAAAUAUAUCAGUUGGUUGUAAAUGUGUUAUGCACACAGACAAACACACACACACACAGUAUGUGACAUACAAAUACAGGGACAUUUUACAACAAACAUUAUGUAAACUUCAGUCUAACCAUCUAAUCUACACACACAGACACAGCAGAGAAAAUACAGGAAGCGACAUUUCUCUUUCAGCAAACUGUUAGAAAUAGCGUAAUACAAAUCUGGUAUUGGAAUAAGAGAAAACAUAAUCAAGAGAUAUUCAAUCCAAGCUAAAUUUAUUAUAUGCAAAAUAUAUGUAUGAUAAGUAUGAUGGUUCGUAUACGGGCUCACUGAAAUACCACGCAGGGCAGACAGAGAACUGAUCCAUUGUUACAGGCUGUUCUUUAAAUACCCUGACAGUGAUAGUUCCCGCUCCUUGCUGGGCCUAUCAGGGUAGAGACUGAGCGUGGUUUAGACUUACUCAGCCUAUCCGUUGGCGCACAGGCUGGUCCCAGCCCCUUGGCGCUUCACUGUUGCCAGGUGUCUAGUUGUUUUGCAACUUAUCCAGAAAGUCAGCACUUUUUGCAGUACACAUGUCCUUGAGUAUGAUGGUUUAACAAAGAGGCAGUGUGUAUGUGUCUGUGAGAAAUACAAGUCUGUCUCACCCUACUCCCUAACAUUCCUCACAUGAAUCACAUCAUGUUAUGUGAAACAAUUUAUAUCAGUACAGUACAAACCUUUUAUGUUUAAUCAUUAAUGCAUUCUUUCUAAGCUAGUCAUCACAUCUAGAUUCCCACAAAACAUUGGCUAUGUCAACUUCAGUCUAUCUAUCUAAGGUGGCGCUAACAAAAUCAGGUAGCUAGCUAGCUAGCAACACUUGUUGACAGCUAACGUUACUGACUAACAUUAGCUGCUGCAGGCCAAAUCAAAUCUCUGUCAGCAUAACUAGCUGAUCUUACUUUCACUGACUCGCGCUGCCUCCUCCGUUCAUUCCUUGACACUGUCUGAAGUAAUCGAUGUUGUCGAUGAUGGUCGGUCAGUAACCCAAACACCGUAACUGUCAAAGUUGAAGAUGGAGGGGCAAGUGGAGGGCUUCAAUGUUUGACUUCUUUCCAUUCGGAAACUCCCGCUUGCUACAUCAAAAGUGCCUUUCAUAACAAAGUCCUCCUCCGCAAAGUGCUAGCUACAGACACUGCCUUGUGAGCUGGCACGUCCUUCCUCUUCCACUUUUUCCAGUAUUGUGGGUCCUUGGGAUUGUUUUUGUAGCAAUUAGUACAGCCUGGGGCUAUACAGUUCACGUUUGAAUUACUUCUCGCCAUCUUCAUCGUCCGCUGCUCACUCUUCGAUUCACUCUCCACACCAAAACUCAAUACCACAGACAAUUUGCUCACUCCUACCAAUGACGCAUUGGUGUCAGUCGUUACUAUGGCAAUUUAAGAUGGCACUGACCAUAGGUCAAAUAAACGUUGUUCAAGAUCAAAAUAUUAAAAAUAGGUUUCUAUGUUACAUGCACAUGUUUAGUAUUAGUGGAUUGAAUACAUAUUGUUGCUAAGCUUUCCUAAAGUGUUUCCGUUCCCCUUUAAUGUUCUCUGAACUAUUUGAGAAUUAUUCCCAAUGUCAAACCAGUUGGAGAACGUUCCUAGAACAUUACCAAAAUUGAAAUGAAAUGUAACCAUGUUUGAACUUUUAGGACACCAGGGUUAACACCCCUACUCUUAUGAUAAGUGCCAUGGGAUCUUUAGUGACCACAGAGGACACCCGUUUUAACUUCCCAUCUGAAAGACAACACCCUACGCAGGGCAAUGUCCCCUUCACUGCCCUGGGGCAUUGGGAUCUCCUUAGACCAGAGGGAAGCAUUCCCAAACUGGCCCUCCAACACCACUUCCAGCAGCAUCUGGUCUCCCAUCCAGGACUGACUCUGCUUAGCUUCAGAGGCAAGCCAGCAGUGGGAUGCAGGGUGGUAGGCUGCUGGAAAAUAAAAUAUAAUGCUCUUUGCUCUGUGUCUGAGCCCCCUGUGAAAACACUGAUAUUCUCAGCUAAACAGAUACAGUGGGGAAAAAAAGUAUUUAGUCAGCCACCAAUUGUGCAAGUUCUCCCACUUAAAAAGAUGAGAGAGGCCUGUAAUUUUCAUCAUAGGUACACGUCAACUAUGACAGACAAAAUGAGGAAAAAAAUCCAGAAAAUCACAUUGUAGGAUUUUUUAUGAAUUUAUUUGCAAAUUAUGGUGGAAAAUAAGUAUUUGGUCAAUAACAAAAGUUUCUCAAUACUUUGUUAUAUACCCUUUGUUGGCAAUGACACAGGUCAAACGUUUUCUGUAAGUCUUCACAAGGUUUUCACACACUGUUGCUGGUAUUUUGGCCCAUUCCUCCAUGCAGAUCUCCUCUAGAGCCAUGAUGUUUUGGGGCUGUCGCUGGGCAACACGGACUUUCAACUCCCUCCAAAUAUUUUCUAUGGGGUUGAGAUCUGGAGACUGGCUAGGCCACUCCAGGACCUUGAAAUGCUUCUUCCGAAGCCACUCCUUCGUUGCCCGGGCGGUGUGUUUGGGAUCAUUGUCAUGCUGAAAGACCCAGCCACGUUUCAUCUUCAAUGCCCUUGCUGAUGGAAGGAGGUUUUCACUCAAAAUCUCACGAUACAUGGCCCCAUUCAUUCUUUCCUUUUGCAGUCAUCCACUCUUUUAUAUCAACAAUACAGGAUUCUAAGUGCGAUGUUUGUGUGAUGUCAGCGGUUUCAUAGACAGAUAAACCUGAGUGUCAUCAGCAUAGCAUUGAAAGUACAUUUUGUUUACAGUGGGGAAAAAAAGUAUUUAGUCAGCCACCAAUUGUGCAAGUUCUCCCACUUAAAAAGAUGAGAGAGGCCUGUAAUUUUCAUCAUAGACAUUUUUUUUUUGUGCAAAUUAUGGUGGAAAAUAAGUAUUUGGUCACCUACAAACAAGCAAUAUUUCUGGCUCUCACAGACUUGUAACUUCUUCUUUAAGAGGCUCCUCUGUCCUCCACUCGUUACCUGUAUUAAUGGCACCUGUUUGAACUUGUUAUCAGUAUAAAAUACACCUGUCCACAACCUCAAACAGUCACACUCCAAACUCCACUAUGGCCAAGACCAAAGAGCUGUCAAAGGACACCAGAAACAAAAUUGUAGACCUGCACCAGGCUGGGAAGACUGAAUAUGCAAUAGGUAAGCAGCUUGGUUUGAAGAAAUCAACGGUGGGAGCAAUUAUUAGGAAAUGGAAGACAUACAAGACCACUGAUAAUCUCCCUCGAUCUGGGGCUCCACGCAAGAUCUCACCCCGUGGGGUCAAAAUGAUCACAAGAACGGUGAGCAAAAAUCCCAGACCCACACGGGGGGACCUAGUGAAUGACCUGCAGAGAGCUGGGACCAAAGUAACAAAGCCUACCAUCAGUAACACACUACACUGCCAGGGACUCAAAUCCUGCAGUGCAAGACGUGUCCCCCUGCUUAAGCCAGUACAUGUCCAGGCCCGUCUGAAGUUUGCUAGAGUGCAUUUGGAUGAUCCAGAAGAGGAUUGGGAGAAUGUCAUAUGGUCAGAUGAAACCAAAAUAUAACUUUUUGGUAAAAACUCAACUCGUCGUGUUUGGAGGACAAAGAAUGCUGAGUUGCAUCCAAAGAACACCAUACCUACUGUGAAGCAUGGGGGUGGAAACAUCAUGCUUUGGGGCUGUUUUUCUGCAAAGGGACCAGGACGACUGAUCCGUGUAAAGGAAAUAAUGAAUGGGGCCAUGUAUCGUGAGAUUUUGAGUGAAAACCUCCUUCCAUCAGCAAGGGCAUUGAAGAUGAAACGUGGCUGGGUCUUUCAGCAUGACAAUGAUCCCAAACACACCGCCCGGGCAACGAAGGAGUGGCUUCGUAAGAAGCAUUUCAAGGUCCUGGAGUGGCCUAGCCAGUCUCCAGAUCUCAACCCCAUAGAAAAUCUUUGGAGGGAGUUGAAAGUCUGUGUUGCCCAGCGACAGCCCCAAAACAUCACUGCUCUAGAGGAGAUCUGCAUGGAGGAAUGGGCCAAAAUACCAGCAAGUGUGUGAAAACCUUGUGAAGACUUACAGAAAAAGUUUGACCUGUGUCAUUGCCAACAAAGGGUAUAUAACAAAGUAUUGAGAAACUUUUGUUAUUGACCAAAUACUUAUUUUCCACCAUCAUUUGCAAAUAAAUUCAUAAAAAAUCCUACAAUGUGAUUUUCUGGAUUUUUUUCCUCAUUUUGUCUGUCAUAGUUGACGUGUACCUAUGAUGAACAUUACAGGCCUCUCUCAUCUUUUUAAGUGGGAGAACUCCCACUGUAUAUCACCUAAAUGUAACAUGUCCUUGUUCAACCAUCAUAGAUUGAUGAUGACCAUGACACGAUUCAUUGGGAUGAGUCUGGGGUAUGGUGAGUGCGCAGAUGGCUGAUGAGACCAAUCUGAGCCCGGAACACUCUUUGGCACACUGGACAUGAUAUCUUGGUAGCAGUCUCCUGACGGUUCUGUUAAUACAGGUUUUGUCUCUUGUGCUCGCUUCCCAUUCUUCAGCUCUCUGAAGAAGAUCUGCUUAGGGAGAAGGGUAGCAGGCAUCCUGGCCACAUGGCCCGCCCAUUUGAGAUGUGCUUUUAUAAGCAGUGUGGGAAUGCUCAUCAUGUCGGCACAGCUGAGGACUUCAGUGUCUGGGAUUGUGUCCUGCCACUUGAUCCUCAAGAGCUUCCUCAAAGAAAAUAAUAUGGACCCAAAAUCGACCUUGGGUAAGGAUUCAUUAUCUAAUUGUACAAACUGGAGUCUGUCUGAAAGGUAAGAGCGGAACCAAGAGAGUCUCUGACCUCAAAGACCAAUAUUUGUUUCUAAGCACCUGAGAAGGGUAUGAUGGUCAAUAGUAUCAAAAGCUGCGCUUAGAUCGAGUAGAAUGAGUAUGGAGAGAGAGACAUUAUCAGAUGCAAGUUGUAAGUCAUUGGUGACUUUUAUAAGGGCCGUUUCGGUACUGUGGUGAGGUCUAAAACCAGAUCGAUAGGAUUCAAAGAUUGAGUUUGUAUUUAUAAAAUCAAUUUUGGACAGUUUACUUAGUGUGAGCCUAAAAUAUUCCAGAGUAGAUAAGGGUGUCAAAUCAUGGUGCUCGUGCACUAUGGGCAUGUUAAAGGUAUUUGAGGGGUUAGUUGGUAAAGUAGAAGUUGAGGUUAUUUUAUCUCAUUGAAUCAAUUUUGUCUGUAAAGAAAGUCAUAUAAUCAGAACUGGAAUAUUGAGUUUGUAACAAUUGGCUUUUGGUCAUUUUAGCAACCGUAUCCAAUAGACAUUUAGAUUAUUUUCAUUAAGUUUGGACAGAGUUAAUUCACAUGAAUUGCUUUUGGAGAAAGAAAUCUGAUGUUCAACAAUCCAAAUUUGAGUUUGAUUUCUGGUAAGGUAAUAUAUGAAUAAACAGCAGCUGGGUGGCAGGGCUAAAUGCCCCUGGGGCGAGUGGGCCUGCCAAGACAGUCUCAAUGGGAUAGGAAUCAGGACGAAAACUCAACUCAGGACAAAAACUUAGCUCAGAUCCCUUGAAGCUCGCAGAUAACAAUAAGGGACUAUUUAUCUGUUGAGUAACUGGGGUCACAGUUACACAAUUUUUUUCACAUUUACCACAUUUACACAACUGAAGGUGCUGAUCAAGGGAUCUUGCCUAAGGUUUUUUUCUGUGUUGUGCAGUGUUGGAGAGAGCCACCAGUUCCCAAUCAAAACACUGAGGGAGUCCCAAAGUCGACUGCUGAACAGCGCCCCGUCCUGGACAGAGAAUGGGGCCGCAGAGGACAAAGAGAGACUGGGUGAGGGAUCAACUAUCUGA